AUGUCUGCACCCCGCUAUUCCGUUAGCGUCCAAGAGAGUAUCAUCAGUGCUAAUAUCAACAGCUCUAUCCUUCUCACUUUGCUGAUGGGUGUGUACACAAUGGUGUACGGCGGAACGGUAUACGUGUAUCUCAAUGAAAAGCCCUUGAAUACCAGUAGACGGGUGGUUCUAAGCGCAAUUUCUGCCCUUUACAUUCUUGCCGUUCUAGAUUUCGUUUUGGAAUGGUACUUUUUGAACGUAACAUUAAUGGUUCAUGGAGAUACGCGCGAAGACAUUUUCAGAGCAACGCUGAUGGAUGUUCCGUUGUGGCUUGCGAUUAUCUUUGAAUGCAUACAAGACUUUAUGCUUGUCAUAUCAGAUGGGCUAUUGAUAUGGAGAUGUUAUCACGUAUGGGGCCGAUCGCUCAAGGUUAUUGCCCUUCCAUCACUGCUAUGGCUAGCAGAGAUUGGCCUAUCUAUCACCAACACAGUGCUAGACGGACUGACAACAAAUUUCGCACUUCAGAUCGAUAUUCCAAUAUGCCUCAUAUUCACAUCGCUUGCAACCACUAUAGCCUGCACGGUGCUUAUAGGCUUCAGAAUAUACACUGGUGUCGAUCACAGCUGGCGGUCAAAGACGGUAUAUAGCCGGGUGCUGGUGACAAUUGUGGAGUCUUCUGCGGUAUAUGCGGUCGUUCUCCUGUUCCUUGCGUUGACUUUGGUGGUCCCCCCAUUGUACACCUUGCCUCUGUAUGCAAUUGGAUACUACGUUCAGUCAACCCUUAUUGUCGUUUCAGGAAUGGCUCCAACGGUCAUGGUUGCACGACUUUCGAUUACGAACAGCAAAGCGGCUUCAUCUGCAACCGUUACACACAUCACCGGACUGAACUUCGGCUUGAAUCAUGGAAAAGACAGUUUUCAAAGUCAACGUUCCAUCAGCGGAGACAACACCUAUUCCAUUCACAGACAAGCCUCUGUAAAUGAUAAAAAUGCCGACAUAAAGGAGUCUCAUAGAACUCAACAAAGUGAUCAGAGUCCUGUUUAA